AUCAAAAUCUACAUCUACUCGAAAUAAUAUGAUCGUGAGGGAACUAUGGCUUUGUUCGGUUUGGAACCAUCAGGACUCACUACUCAUAGGUUCGAAUGCGGAGGAAUCGCCGACUACAACAACUCCACAUCCCAAAAACGGCCUGUUCUCGGCUGGAGAUAGCGGAAGUAAUGGAGUUGGCUUACUUCGGUCGGGUUUGGUGGAAACCUGAAGAGAAAUACCCAUUAAUCGGAGUCAGUAAAGAAACUACAUCAUAUCAUGGACUACCUAGGUGGUUGUUUCUCUAAGGAUUCGAAUCGCAUUCACGUUCCCCCUGCAAGAUCCGUCGUCCUUGACUUGUAGCGUGAACUCUCGCGCGUAUUUAAUUCAGCAUGCAAUACUUUUGGCGACACUGGUCUUCCUUUCGUCAUCAGGGAAGAAGUGCGUUUCCUUCUCGCAAUUUUUCUACUACGCCUUUGAAGAUGGGUUCCUCCAGUGCGACGGUUCUUUACGCCCUCACGGUCUCCGUGUCGCCUAUUUCUCCAGCUCCCGAGGGCGUGGACAAGAAAACCCACCAUCGCAAGGGUGGCUUCGACAAUCCCUGGGAUUCGUGGGUUGCGCCUUUUAACAAGGCCCCUCAGGCACUUUGGCGCGUAGUUUCUGGAAAGGGCAACCGUCCCGAUACCACCCCCCCGACGGUUCCUGUGCGAAAACCAGAUUUCUUACGUAGUCGAGAAACUCCUGCUUUGCGCGCAACAUGGUUGGGCCAUGCUUGCUACCUUGUCGAGUUCCCGAACGGACUUCGGGUGCUAUUCGAUCCGGUCUUUGAGGAUCGUUGCUCUCCGCUGUCAUGGCUAGGGCCGAAGCGCUACACGGAACCUCCUUGCCAGAUCAAGGAGAUCCCCAUCAUUGACGCAGUGGUGAUUUCCCACAAUCACUACGAUCAUCUGUCUCUACCAACCAUUAAAGAUAUCCAUUCGCGACACCCCAAUUGCCAUUUCUUUGCUCCCCUUGGUAACAAAGCAUGGUUUAAUCGCUCCGGAAUCACGAACAUGACGGAACUCGAUUGGUGGGAGGAGCGGGAUAUUGUGCUAUCUCCGUUACCCAAUUCCACGGCUGAAGUAGAAAAGCCUGCUGAAGGCACGAGCUCAAAACCAGAGGACAUUAAAGCUCGCAUCGGUUGCUUGCCUUGUCAGCAUACCAGCAACCGCGGCGUUUUCGAUCGUGCAAAGACCCUCUGGGCUUCGUGGUACAUUGAGGCUGAAGGACGUAAGGUGUACUUUGCAGGAGACACUGGCUACAGGACAGUACCUGUGCUUCCAGAUGAUGUCGAUGAUCACGCCCCAGAGUAUAACUUUCCCUCCUGCCCUGCGUUCAAGCAGGUCGGUGAGUUCCGGGGUCCCUUUGAUCUUGGAUUAAUCCCGAUUGGUGCCUACUCGCCGCGGUGGUUUAUGAGCUCCAUGCAUUCAGACCCUCAUGAUGCGGUUGAAAUCUUCCGCGAUACUCAAUGUCAGAAAGCACUGGGUAUGCACUGGGGUACUUGGGUACUCACAGAAGAGGAUGUCCUCGAGCCUCCUGAGAAGCUCAAGGAGGCAUUGAAGAAGCACGAAAUCCCCGAAACGGGGGUUUUUGACAUUUGCGAAAUUGGCGAAAGCCGAGAAUUUUAACUUUCCUACAUCUCCUAUUAUGGGUUUUGAAAGACUGUUGGCACAUAUGAUCUCCCCUUCUGUUACGUGAAUUAUAUACCCCCUGGUUCUACUAUUCAUGUACAACCCUAAUUUUGAAUAUAAUAUUCCUAUCUCAUUGAAACUUUGUCUUCCUCACUCUGGCUAUGUUUUUAGUGUAUUAGCUCUGAUAAGAGCAAAUAAACACUUCCUUUGUAAGUGAAAGAAGUGCCCGAUCUUUGUUUCCAUUGCUAUAGAAACAAUACAAUAAUAUAAACCAG